GCUACCGGCCGGGAGAUAGUGCACCGCCCUGAUCCCCCAGAAUAAAUACUAAAUAGCCACCGAAGCGUCAAACCGCGAGGAUUGCCUCUAGGAUCCAAGCGAGAAUAAGCCUGCCCGGUUCUGACCAUGGUCAAUGCGGUCGACGUGCUCCAUUUUGGAGAUCAAACGGUGGAUAUCCGUUCCUCGCUGCAGGAAUUGGUCCAUCUGUCCAAGUCAUCCCAGACGCUUGCCACCUUCCUGCAAUCCAGCGCCGACACUCUGCGGGCAGCCUUAUUCGCCCCGCCGUCGGCCAGUCUUUCCGAAUCCUCGUGGCGCUCGCUGCGAGACCUAGGUGAUGCCUUCGCGGAAAGUCCAGACGAGAACGCCCCUCUGGCACCCGCAGCGCUCUGCAUCUGUCAGCUAGGAUAUCUGCUCCUUCACCUCCAAGAUAAACCCCGUCUCCUGUGCGGCAAUGAUAGAAAGAUUUUGCUCGGAGUAUGCACGGGGAUGCUGUCAGCCUCCGCGGCAGCCUGUAUCAGCUCCGUGUCGGAAUUGCUGAAGCUCGGUCCAGAGCUCAUCCACAUUGCCCUACGGCUGGGCAUGCGAGUCUCCAGUCGCUCUCAGAAUGUAGAGCACACGCCCGGAAGCUGGUCAUUGGCGUGCGCUGGCAUAUCGCUGGAUCCCCUACGAGAUACCAUUGCCCAAUUCCACCAAAUUCAUUCCAUACCCCCAACUAAACGAGUUUACGUCAGUGCCCUUGUGCAUCAAUCAGCAUUCACCGUUAGCGGUCCGCCGAGGAUCCUGCAGGAGUUCAGCCGCUUCACUGAAACCCAGCUCCCAGAGGCUCGGAGGACGCGGCUAUCAAUACAUGGCGCCUACCACGCCAGUCAUAUUCAUGGCGCGGAUGUCGAGUCGAUUCUCGGAGAGUCCCCGAUCCUGGACACGGCGGUCGUUUCGAGAAGAUCGGUCUUCUCGACCAGCUCGGGUCGUGCUAUGGAGGACGUUUCGACUCUUGGGGAAUGUCUGCGAAAUGCUCUACGAGACAUUCUGCGGCAACCCCUGGAUUGGAGGGCGACUCUUCAAGGGCUGGUUGAUUGCGACCUGGAACACCCGGUUCUAACCACCAUUGGACCAUCGUACAUGGCAAAAUCCUUGAAAGAAACCCUGCAAUGGGACAAAAUCGCGGAUGGCAAGGACACUCCCCCAGUUCAGGACGGGAGCAUUUCGGGCAGUUUCGCGAUUGUGGGAAUGUCUGGAAGGUUCCCUGGCAGUGAUGAUCUGGAUUCAUUCUGGGGCGUCCUUGAAGAUGGACUGGAUCUUCAUCGAGAGAUCCCCGCCAAUCGUUUUCCCGUUGAGACACACUGCGAUCCGACUGGUAAGAUUCCGAACACCACCACAACGCCAUACGGUUGCUUUUACGACCACCCCGAUCUCUUCGACGCUCGGCUCUUCAAUAUGUCACCGAGAGAAGCCGCCGCAACGGACCCUAACCAUCGGCUUCUGCUCCUCACGACCUACGAGGCGCUCCAGAUGGCCGGAUAUUCCCCCGACCGCACUCCGUCGACGCGGCGCCACCGGAUCGGCACGUUCGUGGGUCAAACCAGCGAUGACUGGCGCGAGGCCAACGCUAGUCAGAAGAUCGACGCCUUCUGGACCACUGGCGGCGUGCGUGCCUUUGGUCCCGGCAGGCUGAACUACCACUUUGGCUGGGAAGGGCCAAGCUAUAGCAUCGAUGCCGCCUGCUCGUCCAGUAUGGCCGCCAUCCAGAUCGGGCUAACCGCUUUGCGCAGCCGCGAAUGCGAUAUGGCCGUCGCCGGCGGCGCUAAUAUGAUAAGCUCCUCGGAUCCGUUUGCAGGACUGAGCCGGGGGAGCUUUUUGUCCCCCACUGGAUCAUGCAAGACGUGGGACUCGGAGGCCGAUGGAUACUGUCGCGGGGAGGGCGUUGGAAUCGUAGUGAUCAAGCGCCUGGAGGAUGCUAUCGCAGACCGAGACCGAAUCCAAGCGGUUAUCAGGAGUAUCUCGACAAACCAUUCGGCGGAAGCGAUCUCGAUCACACAUCCGCAUGCCGGCACCCAGCAGAGACUAUUCAAAACGGUCCUGGAUGACGCCGGUGUGCACCCCGACCAGCUCAACUACGUCGAGAUGCAUGGAACGGGGACCCAGGCGGGUGAUGGCAUCGAGACCAGUGCGGUCGCCAAUUCGCUCGCUUCUCGACGCGCCGAUAGCCACCCCUUGUACAUCGGGUCCAUCAAGCCCAAUAUCGGCCACGGGGAGGCAGCCUCCGGGAUUGCUUCCGUCAUCAAAUCGGCCUUGAUGUUCCAGAAGAAUUCGAUUCCACCGCAUAUCGGCAUUAAAGGCACGAUCAACCCACGCAUUCCGCUGAAGGCACUGCACGCAUUGAACAUUAAGAUCCCGAUGGAAAGAAUGCCAUUCACAGCAGACCCGGCCGGUGACGGAAAGCGACGCAUUCUGGUUAACAAUUUCAACGCAGCAGGGGGCAAUACCAGUGUGCUGCUCGAGGAAGGACCCCUCGAUCAACUCGUUCGUCAUUCCCCAGACCCCCGGGGAUGCCACGUCGUCACUGUGUCUGCAAAGACGCUCGACUCGCUCCAAGGAAACACGCAGCGAUUGCUCAGUUAUCUGCAGGCCCGCCCAGCCACCGAUCUUGGAGACCUAGCAUACUCCACCACAGCAAGACAAAUGCAUUGCGGGUAUCGGAAGGCUCACGUCGUCGACCACGUCGAUCAAUUGAUUUCUUCUCUUCAGAAAGACGUGGCCACAAAGACCGACCCUUCUCUGAUGGCGGCGAACAAAUCCCCCGUCGCCGUUUUCCUGUUUCCCGGGCAAGGGUCGCUCUACUCGGGCCUGGCGUACCGGCUCUUCCUAACCUCCCAGGUGUUCGCCCGGAGCAUUCGUGAGAUUGACGAGAUCUGUCAAUUGUUGAACCUGCCCUCUGUUCUGGAACCGAUCUGUGACCCGGUAUUUGAUUAUACGACCUGCAGUUCGGUUCAGGGACAAUUGGUCAUUGUGGCUUGCGGCAUCGCUCUGGCCUCCCUAUGGGCUUCGUGGGGUGUCUCACCACAGCUUGUAACAGGCCACAGUCUAGGAGCAUAUGCCGCUUGGUAUACAGCCGGGGUGCUUAGUCUUCAUGAUACAAUCUAUCUCGUGGGACAGCGAGCGCUUCUGAUUGAGAAGACAUGCCAGCGUGGCAGCCAUGCAAUGCUCACGACUAGUCUGCCGGCUGCCGCUCUACAACAAUAUCUCUCUGCUUUCCCAUCUUGUGAGAUCGCAUGCCUCAAUGGCCCAAAAACUACCGUCGUCAGCGGGACGGCGGACGACAUCACCCGUCUAGGGAUUGAACUGAAAGCCAAUGGCGUCCAAACUUCGUUGAUUGAGGUCCCCUUUGCGUUCCACUCCUCUCAGCUCGACAGCUGCCUGGACGGGCUGCAAACUCUCGGCGACAACGUGGAAUUCCAUAAGCCCCGAGUCCCGAUUCUCUCGACGCUUCUUAGCGACGUGGUCUCCGAUGCAGGCAUUAUCAACGCCGAAUACAUCACGCGGCAGACUCGACAGCCGGUGGACUUUGUCAGCGCCAUUGAGAAGUACGCCGCAACAGCCGGAUUUAAUGCCCGUUCAACCUUCUGGAUUGAGAUGGGUGCCCGGCCCUUAUGUAUCCCGAUGGUGAAGACAAUCCUGGGCAGCCCCGCGGUGAAUUCGCUGCCGUCCAUGUCCCCGCGCGAAGCUAAUUGGUCCACGCUGAGCACGAGUCUCGCAAAGGCCUAUUGCGGCGGUUUCAAUAUCAACUGGACAGCGAUGCAUAAGGAAUACGAGCACUCGCUGAGACUGCUCCCGCUGCCGAGCUACGCGUUUGACCUGAAGAGCCACUGGCUGCAAUACGAAGGAGACUGGUUGAUCACGAAAUCCACCCAACAGGGACUGGUCAAGCCAUCGCCGCACGCGGCGAAGAAGGCGCUCAGCAGCACGCUUCAAAAGGUCGACAGCGAGAAUUUCUCGACCAGUGAAGCGACGGUUAGCUUCGUGUCAAAUCUGGCAGAUCCCGAAUUGAACGCGGCGAUCUCGGGCCAUUUGGUCAAUGGACAUCGGCUGUGUCCUAGCUCCGUUUAUGCCGACAUGGCCUUCACGGCGGCGGCGUACAUAUGGCGCCGGACGUCAACGCUCGAAGCGCCAGCAAUGGACGUUUCGAACAUGGAGGUCCGCAAUCCGCUCUUGUACACUGGCGGCGAUGAUCACCUAGUCAAAGUCAAGGCUUCCAAAGUAUCCGGGGCCUCAUUUGUCACGGUCCAAAUUAGCUCCGUCCGAGGGAAAGAAGAAGAGGCGGCUCACGCGCAUUGCGAGGUCCACUAUGGCAACGGAGAUGCAUGGAUGGCGCAGUGGGCAAAGCAUCUUUACCUGAUUCAAGGGCGCAUAGACAGUUUAGAACGGUCCUUGCAGCAGGGGACUAUGCGUCAAAUCAAGCGCAGCGAUGCCUACAAGGCGUUUGCCACGUUUGUGGACUACAGCCCGAAGUUCCAGGGCAUGGAUGAUGUGUUGUUAGAUCCCAAUUGUUUGGAGGCGUCGGCGGCAGUUCAGUUUCAAACCACCCCCAGUGAUGGAACCUUUACCGUCUCUCCGUACUGGAUCGACAGUCUGGCACACCUUUCCGGCUUCAUUCUCAACACCAGUGAGACCAUCCCGGAGGACGUUGUAUAUAUAUCGCAUGGCUGGGGAAGCAUGCGCUUUGCUCGCCCGUUGUCGGAACGCGGCAGCUAUCGGACAUAUGUUCGCAUGCAGGAGACGGGUGAGCCGGGAGUCAUGGCUGGAGAUGUGUACGUGAUAGAGCAGCAGAGAAUCAUUGCGGUCGUCAGCGAUGUCAAGUUCCGCUCGAUCAAGCAACGGUUCUUGAAUGUGCUGCUGCCUUCCACCACCCUCGGAGCUAGUGCACCUCCCACUGCUGCGAAGAUCACGAAGAACCGACCACUGGGUACUAUUUCAAUCCCGACAGCAAAGACGGGCCCAUCAUUUACCGAAGUCGUUUCUAUUAUCUCGGAGGAAACUGGCGUGGCCAUCGCGGAAUUGACGGAUCAGACAGAUCUCGCGGACAUCGGACUAGAUUCCUUGAUGUCAAUCAUGAUCGUCGAUCGACUGCGACAGGAGCUGCAGGUGGAGCUCCCCAGCUCGGCAUUCCUAUGUCCGCAACUAGGCGAUCUGCGCCAGGUCUUCGACGAGCGCUACCAAAUGCCCGCAGGAGCAUAUUUCACACCCCCAUCCAGUGUCGAAACCUCCACGCCAGCAGUCAGCACUCCUUCCAGCGAAGACGGGGGUAGUUUCGCAGAGAUAUUACGCAACAUCAUUGCAAGCGAAUUGGGCCUCGCUGUCUACGAGGUCCAGCCCGACAUUGUCUUCUCUGAGCUGGGCAUCGACUCCCUGCUUUCACUGACAAUUAUCAACGCGGUCUAUGAGCAAACCGGUCGAAGACUGCCCUCUUCGUUCUUUUUCGGUGAUUAUUCAAACUACGCAGAAGUCCAACGGGCUUUUGGGGGUCUAUGCCCCAGCGAGCCACCAACCGUAGCUGUCACGCCUGUCACGCCAUCGCCUCGGUGUCAGUCCACUCUUCUCCAAGGCUCGAUCACCUCGCGCUCACCGGCCUUAUUCCUGCUCCCUGAUGGCUCCGGAAGCGCGGGCUCGUAUGCCGGCUUACCCGUGCUCGGAGACUCCGAUCGACCGGUCUGGGGUAUCCACAGUCCAUUCCUCCGAUGCCCGGAGCAGUUCCAGCAUUCUCUAGAAGAAGUGGCGAAGAUGUACGUAGACGAGAUUCUGCGGUUGGAUCCCAAUGGGCCGUACAUACUGGGUGGAUGGAGCAUUGGCGGCGUCUACGCCUUCGAAGCCACCCGUCUCCUCCGCCAACUUGGCAAGACCAUGGAUGGCCUCCUGCUCAUUGAUGCCCCAUGCCCUGGGACCAUUCCCCCAUUGCCUACCGAGACUGUCGACUUGCUCGACCGUCUUGGCAUCACGACUAGUAGCAAAUCGCAGAAAGAUCGCAGCGCCACGCGAGAGCACUUCCUGGCCAGCAUCGAGGCACUGAAGACGUAUAUACCACAGCCAAUGAUAGACGAGAACGCGCCACGGUGCCUCGCGCUCUGGGCAGGCAGCGGGGUAUGGGAGUCCGUUAGCGAGGAGGAGCGAGUGGCGAUGAAGGCCCGGUGGGGGAACGACGAGAGUGACGCCCAGCGAUGGAUCAUGGAGGCGAGAACAUGGCGCGGCGCCAACGGAUGGGAUCAGCUGAUGCGAUAUGUGCGAGUGGAAACAGUGGGUGGAAACCACUUCAGCAUUAUGAGGAGACCUCAGUGGGUCGCGUUCUUGCGACGUACAUAG